GACACACAUCUGGCACGGUGCUACCAGGCGGACAGCAUGGUGCCCGCGAGACGGGAGUGUAAGGUUUUUCUGCAGAAGAAGCUCGGCCUGAUCCCGGCACCCCGUGCAGUCCUGUUCGGCUUCGUGGGGCGGCUCACCUGGCAGAAGGGUGUUGACGUGCUGGCGCGUGUGGUGCCCUGGCUUCUUGGCGGCCACGGUCAUGGAUCUGGUCGAGCCCAAGUUAUCCUCAUGGGCGAGGGGGAGCAGAAUUACCAGACUUUGCUGAAAGAGCUGGAGCUCCGCAAUCGCGGCCAUGUCUGUGGCCACACAAGCUUCAACCCCAUCUUGGAACACCAGAUGAUGGCAGGCUGCGACUUCAUCCUCAUGCCGUCGCGAUAUGAGCCGUGCGGUUUGCCUCAGCUGGCGGCCUCCGUAUACGGCGCAGUUCCCAUCGUCACGGCCACUGGAGGUCUCAAGGAUUCCAUCCGAGGUCCGCAGGAGGGAGACUCUGCGACGGGCUUCCUGAUCCAGCCGCCAGUGAGCGAGACGAGUGUUCGGCAGGCGCUCCGGGAAGCAAUGAUGGUUUUCUUCCAGCAGCCGAGCCGUUUCCAGCAGAUGCAGCGUAAUGCCAUGUCGCAGGUUUUUCGCUGGAGCCCGGCGAUCGACGAGUACCAGCAACAAAUUUGCUUGGCCAUGUCAGCUCCAGCGCAGAAGCCGCUCUGA